UCUAUCUCUCUCUCUUUCGCUUUACUCUUAAACCCUAGUGUUCAAAAGUUUUUCUCAAAAAAAGGAAAAAAAAGAAUAAUGGCAGAAACGAGUCAACUGAUCCAGUACAUUGAGUCGUUCGUUGAUUCAUCUCGUUCUCCUAGUCAGCAGGCUGCCAGUCUGGACGCCAUUGCUUCAUUGUUGAAGAAUAAUCAGUUAACGGUAGAAACACUGGUUAGAGAGAUGGAGGGGUAUUUGACCACUGCAGACAACAUUAUUCGUGCUAGAGGUAUUCUCCUUCUUGGUGAAGUUCUCAUGCAUCUUGCAUCAAAGCCAUUGGAUGACGCUGCUAUUCAUAGCUUGAUACAAUUUUUCACAGAUAGAUUGGCAGAUUGGAGAGCUUUACGGGGAGCACUUGUUGGCUGCUCGGCUCUGUUGAGGAGGAAAAGCAGUGGUGGUAUUGUCAGUGAAACUGAUGCAAAAGCAGUUGCAGAGUCAUAUUUACAGAAUCUACAAGUGCAGUCUCUAGGAAAGUAUGACCGAAAGCUUUGCUUUGAACUUCUGCAAUGUCUACUAGAACGCUACCCCAAAGCUGUUGCUUCACUGGGUGAUAACCUUAUUUAUGGAAUCUGUGAAGCUGUUGAUGGAGAAAAGGAUCCUCACUGCUUGAUGUUAAUAUUUCACAUUAUUGAGAUUUUGCCGCAACUCUUCCCAGAUCCUUUGGGCCCCUUUACCAGUUUUGCUCAUGACCUUUUUGAGAAUUUGAGCUAUUACUUUCCGAUUCAUUUCACACAUCCAAAAGGUGAGGAUUUGAAUAUUAAAAGGGAUGAUCUUGCUAGAGCAUUAAUGCUAGCAUUUUCGUCCACACCUCUUUUUGAGCCAUUUGCCAUUCCAUUGCUCCUUGAGAAACUUUCUUCUUCACUUCCAUCAGCCAAGGUUGAUUCUUUGAGGUAUCUCAGUGAUUGCACAGUGAAGUAUGGAGCAGACAGAAUGGCAAAACAUGGUGAAGCUCUUUGGUCUUCAUUAAAAGAUGCAGUAUUUACUUCACUUGACAGUGUACUAUCAUUUACUCCAGAAACCCUUGAAGGUUUAUGCCUUCCAGAAAAUGAAAUUGCAGCAGAAGCUCUAAGUCUUCUACAGAAGCUUAUUGUGCAAAAUACAAACUUGUUUUUAGAUUUAAUUGUUGUUGAUGAAGAUAUAAACAUGAUCUUCAAUAUGAUCUCUAGUUAUAAGAGUUACCAUGGAAUUCCUGCACAGAGCAAGCAGAGAUUGCAUGCAGUUGUUUGUAUCCUUUCCACUUCUGUUAAGGCUUCGACAGCAUCAUGCAAUAGAGUUUUUGAAUGUUUCUUCAGCCGAUUGAUGGAUAUUCUGGGUCUCUGUGUUAGAAAUUCUUCUGGAAAUUUAUCUCCAGAUGACAGCAUUAUGAUUCCCGAAAGAUAUAAUCAUGGAGCUCUUUAUCUCAGCAUUGAGCUUCUUUCAGCAUGCAGAGAUUUAAUUGCUAGUUCUGAAACAAUCAUAGCAGCAUCUGCUCGUACAGAAGAAACAUGGAGCUAUUUGCUUCAAAGCUUUUUGCCUUCACUUACAAAGGCCUUCUGCUCUGCCUCCAUUUGCACUAGUGAAGAUAGUCAUGAUGCAGACAUGUACUUUGGAGUGAAGGGGUUGCUGAUUUUGGCUACCUUCCCUGAAGGCUAUUUGCUGAUAUCGAAGCCUGUGUUUGAGAAGAUCUUAACGACAUUUGUAUCGAUUGUCACAGUGGAUUACAGCAACACAUUGUUAUGGAAACUGGCACUGAAAGCCCUAGUGCAGAUUGGCUCAUUUAUUGAAAAAUGCCAUGAAUCUGAGAAGGAACCAAGCUAUUUGGGACUUGUCGUUGAAAAAAUUGUUUCAUUGUCCUCUCUUGGAGAUUUUAGCAUACCAUUUCCACUGAGAUUGGAAGCACUCUCCGAAAUUGGGACAAGUGGAAAAAGUUAUAUGCUUAAAGUUGUUGAAGGGCUGGAAGAAGCUAUAUAUGCCAAUUUAUCUGAGGUUUAUGUCCAUGGAAGUUCAAAUUCAGCAGAAAUUGUAACUCAAGUUUUGAAAUGCUACUCUGAUAAGGUGAUUCCAUGGAUACAUUGUGCAAAUGGUUUUGAAGAAGUUCCGUUGCAAUUCGCCAUUCAUAUUUGGAACCAAAUUGAGAAUAGCAUGGUGUUCAAUGCUACUCAAACCAACAAAAUAGAAGUUCUUGAUGCGAUGAUGAAAGCAAUGAAACUUGCUGUUGCAAGUUGUUCACAGGAAAACCAAAACAUAAUAGCACAAAAGAGUUACCAUAUACUUUCAUCAAGCACUUCUUUUCCCCUGAAGGAGCUGUUUCAGCAGGAAAGCUUUCAAAUUGUUCAAGUGGAUAACAGUUCCAGUAGAGAUGAAUGGAUUCUUUCACUUUUUGCAGCAGUGGUUAUAGCAGUUCAUCCUGAAACAUACGUUCCAAAUAUAAAACCAUUACUUUAUCUGUUCAUGACAACCCUCCUCAAGGGUAAUGUUGCGGCAGCCCAGGCAUUGGGCUCUGUGGUUAACAAAUUGGGUCUAAAAUCUGCUGGAGUACAAACUGAUUGUACCUUGGAGGAAGUGAUGGAUAUAAUUCUUAACUUGAGUUUAUGGAUUUUCCAAAGCAAUAGCUCAUCUGAUAUUGAAGCAAAAAUGGCCAGUGCCCAUGACAUAAGUUUAAUUAAUUUAUGUAGCAGUAUUGGAAGUUGUACCUCCCUUCAAAUCCAUGCCAUUGUUGGGCUUGCAUGGAUUGGAAAAGGUUUGCUUAUGCGAGGCCAUGAAAAAGUUAAAGACAUAACUAUGAUCUUUUUGCAGUGCUUACAGCCAAAUGGGAGAGCAGAAAUCUUGCAUCAGGAAGAGGGCAUUUCAGAGAAUAAUAAUGAGCUGGAUUUGCAUCAUUCUGUGAUGAAACGUGCAGCUGAUGCAUUUCAAAUUCUUAUGGGUGACUCUGAAGUGUGUUUGAAUCGGGGAUUCCAUGCAGUAAUACGGCCUCUGUAUAAGCAACGGUUUUUCUCAACAAUGAUGCCAAUUUUGCAGUCUCUGAUUAUGAAAUCUGAACCACUAUCAAGAUCUUUGCUGCUUCGGGCUUCUGCACAUAUUAUUAUAGACACUCCACUAAUUGUUGUCUUGAGUGAUGCGAAGAAGAUAAUUCCAAUGGUGCUGGAUGGUUUAUCUGCAUUAAGCAAUGAUAUUCUGGAUAAAGAUGUUAUUUAUGGUCUCCUGCUAGUCUUGUCUGGAAUAUUGAUGGAUAAAAAUGGUCAAGACGCUGUUUCAGAUAGUGCACACACUAUCACCAAUCGUCUCAUUGAACUUAUUCAAUACCCUCAUAUGAUGCUUGUUCGUGAGACAGCUAUUCAGUGUCUUGUUGCCGUUUCUGGGCUAUCCCAUGCGAGGAUUUAUCCCAUGAGAACACAGGUGCUACGAGCUAUAGCAAAGGCUCUUGAUGAUCCAAAGAGAGCUGUUCGUCAAGAAGCUGUUAGAUGCAGACAAGCAUGGGCAUCAAUUGCAUCAAGAAGUCUUCAUAUCUAACAUCACGAGUUUGCUUCGCUUCCGAGGCUAGCCAGGUGCAGUAAAUAUUGCUACAGAUUCUUAAGUGAUCAUUUGUCAUAGUAAAAGAAGUGUAAAUUACUAUUUAACGCUUCCAUUUGUAAAUAUUUUUUCAAAGUGACUACAAUUUCUAUUUAACAAAAGAAAUGAGUGCCAAGAGGUGAUCUUAUUCUAUUUCAACAAGGACGAGAGGGGAUAAUUAAAUGCUUGUUCUGUUUAGCGAGCACAGAAAGAAGCAAAAUGAAACAUAUUUGUCUGGACGGCUUCAGUUCAAGAAACAUGAUCUAAUCAGAUUUGUUAAAUAAAACCUACCUAGUAAAUAAUAAAAAAAGUGCUGU